AUGGACCCAAAUCCACGAGCAGCCUUGGAACGCCAGCAGCUACGUCUCAGGGAGCGGCAGAAAUUCUUCGAAGACAUUUUGCAGCCAGAGACAGAGUUUGUUUUUCCCUUGUCCCAUCUGCACCUCGAGUCCCAAAGACCCCCCAUAGGUAGCAUCUCGUCUAUGGAAGUGAAUGUGGACACACUGGAGCAGGUGGAAUUUAUUGACCUUGCCGAUCAGGAUGGAGCAGAUGUGUUCUUGCCUUGUGAGGACUCUCCACCAACCCCCCAGAUGUCUGGAGUGGACAGCCAUCCAGAGGAGCUGAGCCUGCCGGUACCCACGCCAGACAGGACUACAUCCCGGACCUCCUCCUUGUCCUCUGACUCAUCCAAUCUGCGCAGUCCAAAUCCAAGUGAAGGGGGAGCAGACACCCCCUUGGCACAGUCAGAUGAGGAGGAUGGGGGUGAUGGAGGGGCAGAGUCUGGACCCUGCAGCUAGCAGUGGGCCUCUUGAAGACUGAUCUAUCUGGCCAUUCUCCGUGGAGAGGAGAUCCCAGGCCCAGCAAAGCACCUGGAGAAGACCUGACCCUUUACUUGCUGUCAGCACCAGAGCCUAAAGGACGGUGGAUACUGUACCUGAGAAUUAGCCUUCCCUGCUUCUGCUAACUUUCUCCUGCUGCAACCCUCCCACCAGUGUUUUUCUCCUGAGGUAGGACUUCUAAAUGAGAAGCUGGAAGAUGAGGUAGGACAAGAUACCACUGCUUUCUUAGUAUCCCUCCUGCCCCCAAAUGACCUGUAGUCUUCCACUAGAGUCUCCUCAGUCAGUGUUUCUGAGGGGAAGGUCUGAGGAGUUCCACUUGGCACUCUGUGAGGUUGUACUGCAGUAAUCCUGCCUCUUUUAAGCCCUUUUUGGAACAGGAUAUAGUAUAAAUAAUAAACUAUAAAUAAUAAACUA